AUGUUGUGUGGAAUGAUUCGCAAGAAAAAGAAUACAGGGACUCCUGUCUAUGUGAAUGUGUAUGAUCUUAUGCCUAUCAAUCGUUACGCAUAUUGGUUCGGCUUUGGAUUUUAUCACUCUGGCCUUCAAGUUUAUGGGGUCGAGUACGCAUUUGGUGGUAGCGACAGCUCGAGACCUGGGAUAGUGAAACUGGAGCCAAAACAGUUCCAAGGUUUACCGGUAAGGAAAUCUAUUUUGAUAGGUAGAACAGAAAUGAACGAAGAAGAAUGCCGACAAUUCAUAAAGAAAUUGGCAAAGGAGUAUCCUGGCAACAGUUACAACAUUAUUUACAGGAACUGCAAUCACUUCACUAAUGAUGCGUGUCGAAAGAUGAUCAAGAAAUCAAUCCCUGGUUGGAUCAAUCGACUCGCACGUAUCAAUUGUCUUUAUUCUUGCCUUCUUCCGGAUGGAUGGAAUGAAAUACCGCCUAGACCAGCAGUUGUUACGGCUACAAAUAACAGAAAGUAG